GAUGAUAUUUUAGAGCCCAGGAGGCCAGUCUGCCAUUUCCUAACUGGGAGUGAUUUCUAAAAUGGACCCCCAGCUGACAGGUUCCUUCGGGGCAUGUAUGAACUCAAUCUGACCACCGACGGGCCUGCCACUACAGGAGCAGAGGUGACCAUCUCAGCCAGCCUGGUGGCCAAGGACAAUGGCAGCCUGGCACUGCCCACUGAUGCCCAUCUCUACCGCUUCCACUGGAUCCACACCCCACUUGUGCUCACUGGCAAGAUGGAGAGCGAUCUCAGCUCGACCAUCCGCGUGGUGGGCAACGUGCCUGGGGAGUUCCCCGUCUCUGUCUGGGUCACUGCUGCUGACUGCUGGAUGUGCCAUCCAGUGGCCAGGAACUUUGUUGUCCUGCCCAUCACAGAGUUCCUCAUGGGGAACAUCGUGGUUGCCCAGAACACCUCCCUGCCCUGGCCCAGCUCCUACCUCACCAAGACAGUUCUUAAAGUCUCCUUCCUCCUUCAUGACCCAAGCAACUUCUUCAAGACAGCCUCCUUUCUCUACAGCUGGGACUUCGGAGAUGGGACCCAGAUGGUGACCGAAGACUCCGUGGUCUAUUAUAACUAUUCGAUUAUUGGAACCUUCACUGUGAAGCUCAAGGUGGUGGCCGAGUGGGAGCAGGCAAAGCCAGACGCCACCAACGGCAUUGUGCAGAAGACCGGUGACUUCUCUGCCUCACUGAAGCUGCAGGAAACCCUUCGAGGCAUCCAGGUUUUGGGGCCCACCAUAAUUCAGACCUUCCAAAAGAUGACAGUGACCUUGAACUUCCUGGGGAGCCCACCUCUGACCAUGUGCUGGCGGCUCAAGCCCGAGUGCCUGCCCCUGGAGGAAGGAGAGUGCCACCCCGUGUCUGUGGCCAGCACAGCUUACAACCUGACCCACACCUUCCGCGAUCCUGGGGACUACUGCUUCAGCAUCCGGGCUGAGAAUGUCAUCAGCAAGACACAUCAGUAUCACAGGAUCCAGGUGUGGCCCUCCAGCAUCCAGCCGGCUGUCUUUGCAUUCCCAUGUGCCACACUUAUCACUGUGAUGCUGGCCUUCAUCAUGUACAUGACCCUGCGAAAUGCCACUCAGCAGAAGGACAUGGUGGAGAACCCGGAGCCGCCCUCUGGGGUCAGGUGCUGCUGCCAGAUGUGCUGUGGGCCCUUCUUGCUGGAGACUCCAUCUGAGUACCUGGAAAUUGUCCGAGAGAACAACGGUCUGCUCCCACCCCUCUACAAGUCUGUCAAAACUUACACUGUGUGAGCGUCCCCUGCCUAUCCUGACUCAGUGUUGACCGAUUGCCAACUGGGAACUUCAAGGAGAGUGGUGUGCAUCACAGAGCAGGAGGAGUUCAUGUGUGGGGGGCAGUUUGCCCAGGCCAGCCAUCCCAUCUGUAUAGUCCAGCUAUUGCUGCAAGCCCCUCUCAGUUACCCAACCCCCAGCCACUCUCCCAUCUGUACAGUCCAGCUACUGCCAUA